AAGGCGGCUCUGUUGUGAGCGGGUGAUCUGCGUAAUGAUCUAGCAGCGAGGGCAGACGCUGUGAUAGCGGGAAGACACGUCGAGGCAACAUGUAUAUCACCACUGGAGCUCGUGGGGCACCUGAGCCCCUCCUCCCCGCACUCCCUCCUUGACGCUACACCUACCACCUCGAUUAUCCUUUUCGCCUUUGACAAACGAAAGCUGGAUACCGCCAUGGUCGUGCAGCACGCCCCCACGUCGCAGACGACGCCUGCAUCGCUCCCGCCAUCCGUGUUCACGCUGCCGCAGACAGCGCAGCUCGAGGCGCUGUACACGAUCAUCCGCGACAAGACCACGAGCCGCGGCGACUUUCUGUUCUACUCGGACCGCAUCAUUCGGCUGCUCGUCGAGGAGGGCCUUAACCACCUCCCGGUCGUGCCAAAGACCGUGGAGACGCCGACGGGCGAGACGUAUGAGGGGGUCGGCUUCGAAGGACAUAUUUGUGGGGUGUCGAUCUUGCGGGCGGGGGAGGCCAUGGAGGCUGGUCUGCGGGAGGUUUGCAGGAGUGUGCGGAUCGGAAAGAUCCUGAUUCAAAGAGAUGAGGAGACGGCUCAGCCGAAGCUCUUCUAUUCCAAGCUGCCGCCAGAUAUCGCAAACCGAUAUGUGCUGCUGCUCGAUCCCAUGCUGGCCACCGGUGGAUCUGCCAUGAAGGCAGUGGAAGUGAUCAUGGAACACGGCGUCCCCGAAGAGCGCAUCAUCUUCAUCAACCUGAUUUCAUCUCCGGAGGGCCUCAAGACCUUCUGCACGAAAUACCCCGCCCUACGUGUGAUCACCGGAUGGAUUGACAAGGGCCUGAACGAGAAGUCGUACAUUAUCCCAGGUCUUGGCGACUUUGGUGAAAGAAGGUAUUGUGUGUAAGCGUGAACAAGAGUUAGGAGGUGCAUAUCCAACUGAGUUGAUUGCCGCUCAUUGUACAUUGGGGUGAUACUGUCGAGAAUACGGACCCGGGCGUACCACGGCCGCUUCUAUAGACUGUAUCCUCCAUGGGGCCGCGAGCAUAAGCUGUUUACGCUGGGAGUUACUAUGUGUUCUCGCCAUGAAUUCAAUGACAAACUGU